CUGAGAGAGUGGAAAAAGAAGAGAAAAAAAGUUGAAAAAGCAAAUGAAAGAGUAAGACCACGUUGAGGGAGAGGCCCACUGUGUGUGAGCACAAGAGUUGUCCUCCUCUUCUCGCUGUGCUUUUUUAAUGGUGGCAUUGGAAUUGGCAUUGCCAACAAAUGAUUCUAAAAACCCAUCUCUAAGAGAUUCAUUUUACUUUUGCAGCUCAAAAAUGGCUUCACUUCGUCCACUCUUCGCUUUCUUUCUUUUCACUUGUUUAUCAUCUCCUUCCACCAGUCAAAAUGUGACUCUUUCUUUGUACUAUGAAACUCUUUGCCCAUAUUGUGCAGAUUUCAUUGUGAAUCAUCUGGUGAAGGUGUUUGAUGGAGGACUCAUUUCCAUCGUCGAUCUUAGGAUGAUCCCCUGGGGCAAUUCUUUUAUCCAAUCUGAUGGUGCCUUCGUUUGCCAGCAUGGGCCAAAUGAAUGCUUCCUAAAUGCCAUUGAAGCCUGCGCCAUAACUACCUACCCUGAUGUGGAGAGGCAUUUCAGUUUUAUACAAUGCAUUGAGCGCCUUUCCUUAGAGAACAGACUCAAUGAAUGGGUUAAUUGCUUUGAAACAGCUGGGUUUGGUAAGGAUCCCAUUGAUUGCUACACAAGUGGAUAUGGGAAUGUGCUUGAACAGCAAUUUGCUGCUGAAACUGCCCGGCUUAAUCCACCGCAUAGAUUUGUACCAUGGGUGGUCGUAAAUAAUCAACCUCUCCAAGAGGACUUCGAGAAUUUUGUGAGCUAUGUAUGCAAUGCUUACCAGGGGACUCAAGUACCAGGGGCAUGCAAAUCCUUUCCUAGAGAGAGCAAUUCAUUGCGGAAAGAAAUUCCCACUAGUCUAGUUUGCUCUGCAGACAGAACAGGCAACUUCAUAUCCUCGUCGCCAGCAAUUAAUAGAAGCCCUGUGAUCAACCCAUGAUUUAUGGAUUCAGUGAACUACGAUGUGGAACCUUUGGUGUCAUUACAAUGGUAUUGUAGCUAGUCCUGUAGUGUGCAUAUGGUAGCUGCUCCUGCUGAUUAUAGUAUUCAGACUGGCUUGUCUUAUUUGGAACUGUAGGGAUUGAACUUGCCACAUACCAGAAGUAGUACAUAUUCAGAGUAAAAUCUAUGUACUAUUGUAGUAUAAAACAAGUUUUGAUAAUAAAUUAGAGUUUGGAUGUCUGUUAUUAACGUA